CGCCCCCCCCCCCCCGCCUCCUCCCUCCUUCCCCCGCAGUCGGACUCCCUCUGCAGCCGGCCGGUGCUCCCGGAGGAGAAGGCGCCGCGGAGACCGCCCGGGCGGGGGCCUACCUUCCCCGGGGCCGGCAUCAUGUCGGCGGCGCAGGUGUCCUCGUCCCGGAGACAGUCCUGCUACCUGUGCGACCUGCCCCGCAUGCCCUGGGCCAUGAUCUGGGACUUCUCGGAACCCGUGUGCCGCGGUUGCGUCAACUACGAGGGCGCCGAUCGCAUCGAGUUCGUGAUCGAGACGGCGCGCCAGCUGAAGCGGGCGCACGGCUGCUUCCAGGACGGCCGCUCCCCCGGGCCGCCGCCGCCCGUCGGGGUCAAGACGGUGGCCCUGUCGGCUAAGGAGGCGGCGGCGGCGGCGGCCACCGCGCAGCAGCAGCAGCAGCAGCAGCAGCAGCUGAACCACGUCGAUGGCUCCAGCAAGCCCGCGGUGCUGGCGGCAGCCUCCGGCCUGGAGCGCUACGGGCUGAGCGCCGCGGCCGCCGCUGCCGCCGCCGCCGCCGCGGCCGUGGAGCAGCGCAGCCGCUUCGAGUACCCGCCGCCGCCGGUGAGCCUGGGCAGCAGCAGCCACGCCGCGCGGCUGCCCAACGGCCUGGGUGGCCCCAACGGCUUCCCCAAGCCCACCGCCGAGGAGGGACCUCCGGAGCUGAACCGCCAGAGCCCCAACUCGUCGUCCGCCGCGGCGUCGGUGGCGUCCCGGCGCGGGACGCACGGCGGGCUGGUGACGGGGCUGCCCAACCCGGGCGGCGGCGGCGGCCCCCAGCUCGCCGUGCCUCCCAACCUGCUGCCGCAGACGCUGCUCAACGGCCCGGCCAGCGCCGCCGUGCUGCCCCCGCCGCCGCCCCACGGCCUGGGCGGCCGGGGACCCCCGACGCCCGCGCCCCCGGGCGCCCCGGGCGGGCCCGCCUGCCUCGGAGCGCCCCCGGGCGUCUCGGCCGCGGCUUCGGCGGCCGCGUCCUCCACCUCGGCGGCCGCGUCGGGGGCCGAGGUGGGCGUGGGUGCCGGUGGCAAAAGGCCCGGCUCCGUGUCGAGCACCGACCCCGAGCGGGAGCUGAAGGAGAAGCAGCGCAACGCCGAGGCCCUGGCGGAGCUGAGCGAGAGCCUGCGCAACCGCGCCGAGGAGUGGGCCAACAAGCCCAAGAUGGUCCGCGACACGCUGCUCACACUGGCCGGCUGCACGCCCUACGAGGUGCGCUUCAAGAAGGACCACUCGCUGCUGGGCCGCGUCUUCGCCUUCGACGCCGUCUCCAAGCCCGGCAUGGACUACGAGCUGAAGCUGUUCAUCGAGUACCCCACGGGCUCGGGCAACGUGUACUCGAGCGCGUCCGGCGUGGCCAAGCAGAUGUACCAGGACUGCAUGAAGGACUUCGGCCGGGGCCUGUCCUCCGGCUUCAAGUACCUGGAGUACGAGAAGAAGCACGGCUCCGGGGACUGGCGCCUGCUUGGGGACCUGCUGCCCGAGGCCGUGCGCUUCUUCAAGGAGGGCGUGCCGGGCGCCGACAUGCUGCCGCAGCCCUACCUGGACGCCAGCUGCCCCAUGCUGCCCACGGCGCUGGUGAGUCUCAGCCGCGCCCCCAGCGCGCCCCCGGGCACCGGGGCGCUGCCGCCCGCCACCCCGACGGGCCGGGCCGCGGCCGCCAGCCUGCGCAAGAGGAAGGCGUCCCCCGAGCCCCCGGACUCGGCCGACGGCGCGCUGAAGCUGGGAGAGGAGCAGCAGCGGCAGCAGUGGAUGGCGAACCAGAGCGAGGCCCUGAAGCUCACCAUGUCGGCGGGGGGCUUCGCGGCGCCGGGCCACGCGGCGGGGGGGCCGCCGCCGCCGCCGCCGCCGCCCCUGGGCCCGCACUCCAACCGGACCACCCCGCCCGAGAGCGCCCCGCAGAACGGGCCGUCCCCCAUGGCGGCGCUAAUGUCGGUGGCGGACACGCUGGGCACGGCGCACUCGCCCAAGGACGGCAGCUCCGUGCACUCCACCACCGCCUCGGCGCGGCGCAACAGCGGCAGCCCCGUGUCGCCCGCCUCCGUGCCGGGCCAGCGGCGCCUGGCGUCCCGGAACGGGGACCUGAACUUACAGGUGGCGCCGCCGCCGCCCAGCUCCCACCCGGCCAUGGACCAAGUGCAUCCCCAAAACAUUCCGGAUUCCCCCCUGGCCAACAGCGGGCCCCUCUGCUGUACCAUUUGCCACGAACGCUUGGAGGACACGCAUUUCGUCCAGUGCCCGUCCGUCCCCAGCCACAAAUUCUGCUUCCCUUGCUCUAGAGAGAGUAUCAAGGCCCAGGGGGCCACCGGCGAGGUGUACUGCCCCAGCGGGGAGAAAUGCCCCCUGGUUGGGUCGAAUGUACCGUGGGCCUUCAUGCAGGGUGAAAUCGCGACUAUCCUCGCUGGGGAUGUAAAAGUGAAAAAGGAGAGAGACCCUUGAGCCACGAGAGCUGACCAGCCCCCUCUCCAGCCCGGAGGGCCCCUCCCUAGUCCACAUGGACCUACCCUUCCCUCCCACCCCCAGAUGUAGAAUUGUGAAUAUAACAAAACUGCAAAAAGUUAGUCUUAUGUAUAGACAUUAUUUUCGUCGUAUGUUUCUAUAUUUUGAAACAAAGGUAUGUUAACUUCUUCAUUUGAAGGAUAAGCUGGUUUGCGUUAUGCAGUAUCAUAUUGGUUGGGUCAUUUGCAUCAUAUUCGUUAGCAUUUAUUUGGUGUCAGAGUGUUUGCUUAGGUACAGAAUUAAUAGCCCUUAGCAACGAAAGCUGCUGGUGUGUAUUUUUGUAAAUGUUAUGCACUCUCUGAAAGGAAAAAAAACACAAAAUGACUUUUUUUUUUUUGCCAAGGCCAGUGUUGCUGCCUAAAAAAAAAUAUAUAUGAUGCUAUAAACUGGUGAAAGCUUCAUUCUAAACAGCCCCAAGUGUUGAAGUCUUCACUUAAUUUUGUUCUGUUUUGUUUUGUUUUUUUUUCUUGUUUUUGUUUGCAAAAUGGUAAAGGGGGGUGUGGGGGGGAGCGGAGGUGUUUUCUGUUGCAAGUUUGUGAGGGAAAAUGUUUUGGUUUGUUUCUCCUGACCUGAAUGUGUUGGAUCUUCACGUGUCGUUUUGUUUUUUGCUUUCUUGAUGCACGGAUGCUUUUGAACAGUAGAGCGAAAUGCUAGACCUGGAGAAUCUGCUCUGUUUGUCCUUUAUACAUUUCUGUAGUUUAACAGAACACUGUAAUGUGCCUUGGAGCUUAGUAACUUGUAAUAAAUUCAAUUGAUAUUAAUCCUG